AUGGCUAAAGAGAACACAACCUUUCUAAGCGUACCUUUUGAACCCGAGCCAACAAACAGCAUUUGGAAAGCUGUCUUGAUUACAAUAUACACAGUGGUGUUCAUUGGAGGUGUGUGCGGAACCAUCAAAAUAUCCUUCCUGCUAGUGAAAAUGAAUAAGUUAUCAGUGACCACUACAGCAAUCAUAAACCUGGUGGCAGUUCACAGCCUUUUCCUUGCAACAGUGCCAUUUCGGCUGUACUACUAUGCCACGGACAAAUGGGUCUUUGGACAACCAUUUUGUAAAAUUGUGAGUGCAAUGAUACACAUCCACAUGUACCUCACCUUUCUAUUCUAUGUGUUUGUUUUGGUAAUCAGGUGCCUUAUUUUCUUUAAGUGGAAAGAUAAGUUGGAGUUCUACAGGAACCUACAUGCUGUGGCAAGCAGUGCAGCUAUAUGGAUCGUGGCUGUCGUAAUUGCGCUGCCGCUCAUACAUUGUUAUGGGACAACUGGGCAUUAUGAGAAUGCCACAUGUUUUACAUUCCACCAGGAGCUAAAGAACGACUCAGUGAAAGCACUGAACUAUGCUGUCAUUGCUCUCGUGGUCGUGAUCACUUGCACACUUUUGGGCUUGCAAGUUUUCAUCAUUCUAAAAGUGGUGAAAAAGCUAUCCGGAGCUAUUUGUUCACACCAAGAAUUUCGGGCACAGUUCAAAAGUUUGAUUUUCGUAUGGGUCAUUAUUCUUUGUUUCCUUCCUUAUCACUUUUUCCGGAUUUAUUACAUUCAGCAAUAUAAAGAAGGUUCUCAGUUGGAGAUAUAUAAUGAAAUUGGUUUGAGUAUCACUGCAAUCAGCUGCCUGGAUCUGUUGUCCUUUGUGUUAAGUGGAAGCCAGUUCUGGAGGCAAAAAAGCAUUCUGUUUUCAUGCUGUGUUAAAUGACAAUCUGCUACUUAGCAACGGGAUCUGCUUCUGUAUAGGAGAAAGGUAUAUGGCUCAGGGAUAAAUGUAUCUUUCUUGACUACAUUCCACGGAUGUUGCAUAGCAGUUAUGGCAACUGCAUCACAAUGUGAGAUUUAGAUACUAUUCUUAA